AUGGCAAACUGGCAGGUACAAUUGGAUGCUGUCAGAGCAGCUGAAGAAGAUGUCAGUGUUGCAAGUACACAGAGCUCCAACAUACAGGUUGGUAGGGAAGUAGCUGUGAUGCAUUCCCAAGCUCAUCGGGGACUCAAGUACAAGGAUAGCGGCAAUCUGGUGUAUCUUGAUUCAAAUGAUUAUAAGGAUGGCAAGAUUCCGGAGCAUUUUGAUAUGCAUGAUCCGAAGUGGUUUUGUUUGGGCGCAACGGGUCUGUCCCUUGACACUGCUUUGACAUUUCAUCUUUGCAAAGAUUUGAUGAAUGCAAAGAUGGGAACAUUGAAAGAGCUUCCGUAUAUGUUCAAUUAUGAAACAAAUGUUGGAGGAGGAAGGUUCUAA